AUGAUCAAACGCACUGUACACCAUUUAGUGUUACUUAUACCAAAGGAUGACAUUUUGGACUUCUGAAAUGACAUUAACUCUGUACUGUUCCUAUUUUUAUAAUCUGGACUUAUUCAUUUACAAAUCCCUUUUUGUGGAGGGGAAUGUCUCGUUGAGAAGUUCUAUAAUCGAUCACUAAGUUAAUUUAUCCGCUAAUGAGAUACGUUAUAGUAAUGUCAUAACAUUAAUGUAAGUUAUUUGUCAGCUGUGGACCUAGCUGACUCAAUGGGUAAAUAUCAAAUUGUUUCGUAUAAUUUAUUAUUUGAGCAUUUCAUAACAAUGUAACUUCCUUUUAGUAAUGAACGCAGUUCUUUUAUUGUCUGGCAGUAAAGUCAUCAAUAAAGAUGUUUGAUAACAGUGAACCAAAAGCCCACAACUGACGAAACAAAAAGUAGGGUUCUGAUUUCACAAGUGAAAUGGUGUAUAUACCUGUAUUUAUCAUGCACAUUUUUUUCCUUACUAAAAAAUAACAUUCACAUUCGGGAUGUGUAUUAUACACUGAAAAUUCCCUGGACCUGCAUUUUGGAGUCCAUGAAGCAUUUAAAUAUAUUUUCCAUAAAGACCAGAAAUGGGGUUUGUUUCAUUAUAGGCAGGUGCAUGUUAUUAAGAAGUUAACAUUGUAUAUAAUAUAUUUAUCACUGACCACACUUAGAAAUGUACUCUGCAUGAAAACACACGUCAAAAUUAUUCGCAAAUUGUACCAGUAACUACAUUGCAACAUCCUUAAAAGUUUUCAUAUUUACAUUUCGUAAAUAAAUAAAUUUUUUGCAAAAUGUAAUUCAGUAGAUUUCAAGGGAAAAAUCUCUUCAAAAGGAUCCUCUUUCAAGUCUAUUAAAAUCUGCACCACUGAUCAUUUCCUCUUGUAGGCAGCAUUUUGUCAUGAUUAUAAGGAACUGCAUACAGUCCAUUAUGUCAUCAUUAGUCUCAAAACACAAGCCAAUAUUCCUGAAACACAAACCAAAAGACUGGGCACUUGCGCCGUGAUUAUCAGAGAGAGCCUCGAUUUUCCUUGUUGAACAUGGGAACUGUUUUACAAUGUGACUAAGCUAAACUCAUCGCACUUUUCGGUAUGAAAUUUUCAAUAACGUGUUUUGCAGCCAUUGGGGUUGCGAGGUAAAAUCCUGUUUUAAAUUCUGCGUAAAAUGUGGUAAUCCUACAGCCCAGAACUCUGACGAUCGUUCUUCUAGCUGUGAAAUGAUGGAAAGUCAUAGCAGCAGAACUGGAUGCUUGGAGGCUGAUCUAAGCACAUCUGAUGCUGUAUCUUCCAAAGAACCUGUUCCUAAGUUGGAUACGUUCGUGAAGAAGAAAAAAGAUGAGCAGGUGUCUCAUUUUAAGAGGAAGAACAAGAAGUUAAAGAAUGAAAAGGACGAACCAGUGACAAUAAACAUAGGAAUAAUGCGUUAUGUGGAGGAGGAAAGUAUGCUAAAGCCUCAGCAAGGAAAAAGUCUUCCCAUAAGACCUAAAACAGCAGAUAGUGAGGAGGUAUUGAAGUUAGCUGUGGCUAAGCAAUUCCUACAUAACGGAAAUGAAACUGUCUACAGCUCUGUGAAUUCCUACAAAUUGCUAUACCCAGAUGGAACUGAGGUUAAACGAAUGAAAGAAUCUAAUGAGGCAUUUAGUUUACAAUGAUACAAAACUGAACUGGGAAAGCCUUAUAACAGGUUAACAUUGUAUCUUUGUAGUUCUUCAGAUUACCUUUGAUUAUGCCUUAAAAGGCCUUGUUGAUGUCAUUUCUUAUGGCAGUGACAGUGAGGGUGAU